AUGUCUUCCCACAACAAUACCAACGGCAACACCAGCAAUGGGGAGCGACCGGCUACACCUCCGGAGACCGUUCAACCGGAGACCGUUCAACCGGAGACCGUUCAACCUUUCCCCUACUAUGAUUCCAAACAAGGUCACAACAACUACCCACCCUACCCAAUUAGACCGCCACAGAGCUUGAACCCUACCAAUCUACAUACGUAUCCCGUAUGGGCGAGUCGACCUGGUAUUCCUCUGAAAGGGCCUACCGCUUCACACUUCGGGCAGGGACAGCAAGUUACCGCACCACCGCCUUCAGCACCUGUGGCGCCCGAAGCGUACAUGGGUCCACCAUUAUCAAUUUAUGGGAACUUCAACACUGCCUCUCAGACACCUUAUGGCGCUCAUACAUCCCCUUCUCGCCAUCCUGAGACGAUGCCAAAUGGUACCAUGAGCCCUACAACCCCUCGAGUUGUCCUUCCACCUCCUCGAAGACACCAGCACCACCCCAACUCGCAGACGCCUACUCACCGCCGAACUGGAAGUGGAAGUAAAGGUAAAGGCACUGCAUUUCCUCCUAGCUUUGUCCCCAGCAGUCGCCAGAUAAUCACCGAUCCGCGCCAGACCGUAGUCAGCAGCCCAACAUUCAAUAACUACUAUCUUCCUAUGCAGGCACGAGGCCAUCAGAAUCUCUACCAGGGACAGCAAAUUCAAAUGCCGCAGCCUCACAUAGGUAGUACUGCUCAUGCUGUGACUCCCCAGGAACCGAAGCCGCCGCUUGACAGACACGCCCGCCAGAGAAUCCUUGACGAGCAAGCCAAAAGCUUUUCUGAGGAAGACGAUGCCGCGUUCUACCCACACAAGGACUGA